AUGCAGAUGCCGGCCCCCAUUCGAUCCCCGACAUGGUUUUCUAGGCGAAGACUUUUCGAACAAAAACUCGCUGACCUCCACAAAUGCAAAGACUUGAAUCAACUGAAGCAAGCCCAUGCUCUUAUAUACAAAUACAAUCUUCAGAGAGACCCUUUUGUUGCGCCAAAACUCGUCUCUGCUCUCUCUUUAUGCCGACAAAUGGCACUAGCCAUUAGUGUUUUUAAUCAAGUAGAGGAUCCAAAUGUUCAUUUGUACAAUACUUUGAUCAGAGCCCAUGUUCAGAAUUCGCAGCCCGCAAAAUCAUUUGAGAUUUAUUGUGAAAUGCAAAAGUCUGGGGUUUUGCCGGAUAAUUUCACCUACCUGUUUCUUUUGAAAGCCUGUUCGGGGAAAGAUUGGUUGAAACUAGUUAGAAUGAUUCAUGCCCAUGUCGAAAAAUGUAGUCUUUAUUCUGAUAUAUUCGUGCCCAAUUCAUUAAUCGAUGCGUACUCUAAGUGUGGAUUGAUGGGUAUUAGAGCAGCCAAGAAAGUGUAUAAUGUAAUGGAGGAUAGGGAUGUGGUUACUCAUAAUUCGAUGAUUAGUGGGUUAAUGAAAGCUGGAGAGUUGACGGAGGCAAAAAAGGUGUUUGAUGAAAUGCCUGAGAGAGAUAGGGUGAGCUGGAACACUAUUUUGGACGGGUAUGUAAAGGCCGGGAAGAUGGAUGUCGCAAUCGAGCUGUUUGAAAAAAUUCCCUCGAGGGAUGUCGUCUCAUGGUCUACACUGAUUUCGGUCUUUACAAAGCAGCAGACGCUCUCAAGUGUGGAGCAGAAAGUCAUUGCAUGCACUUUUCUCCACCAUCCUUUUCCAAGGUUUGAAUCAGCUGUUACUCCACUCCUACUGAAGGGGAAUUGA